CGGCAGCGACUGCGCGCGGAGGCCCGAGGCCAAGACUUCUCACCGAGCGUGAACCAACAUGGAGGAGGAGGAGCCAGCCAAGAAGCAAGGCGGCAACGCCCAAGACCAGGACGACGAAGCGGAAACCGCCUGCUGCCGACGAUGGCGGCGGUCCUUCUCAAGAGAAUCCCACUGCCAAGCGAGCGCGGGGAAGGCCCGCGAAGGACCCGUCUACACCUCAAACGAAGACCCGGUCAGCGAAGCCGGCAACGCCAAAACCCAUCGCCACCACGUCUUCCGGAAAGGCAAGAAAGGCCGACGAGGCACCACCACCCGACGCCGACGUGAAUCUCCCGUCCACCAGCAAGGGACCCAAGUCGCACAGGGUGAGCCGGAAGACGCGACCGCGGAGCUCGUCCCCGAGCGAUGCUCAUACUUCCGUGGCCACGCAUCCGAAGCAUCGGCACCGCUCGCGGAGUCGCUCCCCCGGCAGCAGCAGCCACCAUGCCAAAAAGGGAAGGAGCCGUGGACGAUCUCGGCAUUCGUCCCGCAGCGGCCAUGGUGGACACAAGCGCAAACGCAGCCGCCAUGGAAAGUCCACUACCGACUCCGAAAGCAGCCACGGAAGAAAGAGGGGCCGCAGCAGGAGUCGCCGCCGCCACCGCUCCAAAAGCAGCACUUCAACAGCGAGCAUGAGCACCAGGAGUGGCGGAAAACGGCGCCGCCACGCCCGUAGCACCCGUUCGUCGUCGACCCGCAAAGGAAAGCGGGCCAAGUCGAGGAAGGCGGUAAGCAGCUCUUCAUCGAAGUCUCGUCGGGCCAAGCGACCAGCUGGCAAAGCGACCAAAGGCAAGCGCCAGUAAAAAGGUGCCAGUGACCGGGAAAGCAAGUCGGCCGAACCCAUAGAAAAUCUGCACUUGGGCUUAGCCUUGGCUGCCCCUUCACGGUCGAGAGAUGAGAGGGUGUG